AUGGUCCCCCACCCCCCCACAACAACGCCUAUCAACUCGACCCUGACCCAGAACCACCAUCAGCUUCAUGGAGGCUCGUUAGAGGACCCACAGGAUCAGAGUCUAUACACAACCUGGUCAGAUGUCACUUUUGUCCCCGUCCGUUCCUCUCUGACAUGGACUGGAGCCCAGAACUACUGCAGAACCCACCACACAGACCUGGCCAGUGUGAGGGACAUGGCAGAGAACCAGAAGAUACAGGGGGUGCUAAGUGGAGGAUCUAGUUUCUGGAUCGGCCUCGUCAGGGACUCCUGGAAGUGGUCUGAUGGUAGUUCCUCCUCAUUCAGCUUCUGGAAGACCGGAAAACCUGAUAUCAAGAACCCGAACCAGACCUGCGUGGCUGCAGACUUCAGCCAAUCAGGAGCCUGGGAGGGCUGGCCAUGUGACAUGGAGAGAGCGUUCAUUUGCUACGGUCCAGUGGUUCCUGUUACAAAGAAAGUGAUGAAAGUGAAGUUUAAGAAGAAGGGGGACGUGGAUCUGAAUAACCCUGCUGUGAUGGCGGCCAUGUUGGAGCAGCUCCAACAGAAGCUGAGGGCCCAGGGGAAGGACCCCAACAUCAAGCUGAGCUGGAGGAAGCAGGCCGAUGGACAGGUCUUCCACAAGGAAGACCAGAAGACCACCAAGAGGAGGAGGAAGAGGGACGAGCUGUAAUGUGGAGUUGCUGCGUCUCUUUCUUUCCUCUAAGAUGUGACGGAGCAGAACAGAGCUGCAACUAUCAGCUGAUCCAGAGUCACUUCUGGAUCUUCUUUUUCAACAUGGACCCUAUUAGGGUAAAUAGGGUCCAGGUUGAAAACUACUGAAGUUACACUUUUGAUCAAUUACUCACAACUAUUUCAUAAUCAAUUCAUCUUUUUACCGUUUCUUAAACAUGAAGAUAAGAUUCUUUUCUUGUUCUAUUUGAUCAUAUCUUAAUAUAUUAUAUGGAGAUUAUAUGUUUUUCUUGUUAUAUUUGAUCAUAUCUUAAUAUAUUAUAUGGAGAUUAGAUGCUUUUCUUGUUAUAUUUGAUCAUAUCUUAAUAUAUUAU